AUGAGUUUACCGACUGAUUUUGGUCCAGAUUCAGGAGGUAGAGUUAAGGGCUUAGUAAUCGUCAAGGCAAUCGUAUACGGUAAUAUAGCACGGUACUUUGGUAAAAAACGUGAAGAAGAUGGGCAUACACAUCAGUGGACGGUAUAUGUAAAGCCAUAUGCUAAUGAAGAUAUGUCAGCAUAUAUAAAGAAAAUCCAUUUUAAAUUACAUGAAAGUUAUGCGAAUCCCAACAGAAUUGUGACUAAGCCACCAUAUGAGUUAACGGAGACUGGAUGGGGUGAAUUUGAGAUUGUUAUUAAAAUAUAUUUCCAUGAUCCUAAUGAAAGACCUGUAACACUGUACCAUAUACUUAAGUUAUUUCAAUCACCAGUAAGUGAAGGUACUCCACCUGUGGGUCGAGCCCUAGUGAGUGAAUCAUAUGAAGAAAUUGUGUUUCAAGAACCAACUCAAUUGAUGCAACAUUUGUUGAACAGCGUGAAGCCUAUCACUAAUGCACAGUGGACUCAUGACACAGAUUGUAAGUUAAAAUAUACUAAUAAGAGACUAUACCAUACUACCAUAAUAAGC